AUGUCACUGUCGGGCUUGCCUCCGUUACCGAAGAGCCUUAGCGAGCUCGAAGUGGCCCAAGCGCAAGCCAAUAAACUCAAUGCCAGCAUCUCGGCGAUCGAACAGCAACAACGACUCUCGCAAAUGCAACAACGACCCCCAUCGACGCUCGAUAUUCAGCUCGCGAUUUUGCGGCGUGAAAUGUAUUCUUUGCGCCAGCUUGAUUUGUCGCUUUUAUCGCAGUUGUGGACCGUCAACGAGUCCAUUCAGGAAGUCAGAACGUUGAUUCAGGAGCAAGAAGCAAUGUCACCUCCGUCGCCGACACCCUCAAACUCGGAAUCGGACUUGCCAUCGUCAGAGGAGGAAAGUAGCGGACCACCGCCAUCACGAUCGAUGUUCCAAUCCGCACUGCCACAACAACAACAACUACAAAAAUAA